AUGAGUUUUCAAGAUGAUAAAAUACCUAUUAAUAAAUUACUUAAAAACCUUCAAAAUGAUGAAUCUUCACAACCUCAAGCUAUAUUAUUAGCUUGUGGAUCUUAUUAUCCUAUUCAUAAAUUUCAUAUUGAAAUUUUUGAAAUUACCAAAAAAUAUUUGGAAGAAAAAAAAAAAUACAAAGUAGUCUUAGGAUAUAUAUCACCUUCAUCUGAUAAAUAUAUUUAUCAAAAAUAUCCUAAAGAUAAAAUUUCACAAGAUGAUAAAAUUAAAAUGACUCAAGAUAAGAAAAUUAAAAUGAUUCAAGAUAAUAGAAUUAAAAUGAUUAAAUUAAUUACAAAUGAAUCAUCUUGGAUUGAUAUUACUACUUGGGAAUUAUCUCAAAACAAUGCUAUAGAUAUUCUUAAUUAUAAUCAAGUUGUUAAACAUAUAUCUACAUUUUUAAAUGAAAAAACUGAACAAGUAAAACAAGCUUUAAAAGGAAGACAAUUAAAAAUAAUUUAUUUAUGUGGAUUAGAUCAAGCUUUAAAGAAAGAAAGACAAGGAUUAAAAUAUUUGGAAAAUUAUGAAAUUGCAAUUGUUGAAAGAUUUUUUAAUAGUGAAGACAAAGUUGAAGAUUGGAUUAAAAAUGGUAAAGAAAAAUUAAGUGAAAAAUAUAAAGAUAAAUGGCAAAUUCUUGAAAAUCAAAUCUUUUUUAUAGAUUGUAAUAAUAAUAAUGAAAUAAGCUCAACGAAAAUUAGAGAAUGGUUAAAAAAGGAUGAUGAUAAUUGGAAACAAAUGUGUCAUCCAAAAAUAGUAGAAUACAUCGAAGAAAAAAAUAUUUUAGCUUCUUAA